GCAGACGAAAAUCCUCCAAUCCGGAAGACUACAUGAGAACCGGAUGUCUCGCUACAACCCGCUGACGACUAAGUCGGAAGACUAGCGCGGAUUUCUUUCUCACCCGGAAGACUGAGUAUGACUCUUCCGGAUUUGUCAGCCAAGAACCGGAUGCCUCAAGAAAGACCGGAAUUCUCAAAAAGCGGACAAAGUGAAGAAAAGAAACAAGCUGCGACAGAUGCACUGUCUCAAUAUUCAAGGUUUGUAAUGGGCUGCAUCGGGAAUCAAGUACGGCCUUGUGACUUUAGGAUGCACUUGAUGAAGGAAAUUUCAAGCUUGCCAACGACUUUGAAGAGGGAGUCCCGUGCAGCAGCAUCAUCUCCUGAUAUAAUUGGGGAAUCUUCCAACUCGGGUACAUCCAGACUCGAUAAACAGAAAAUUUUCGAGUUGGAGCCGGGGGUCUCUUGGAAACAGCCUUCCUACUUCCGAGUAGGGGCAAGUAUGCUGGACAAUCACGAAGGGCACCACGGCGAGAAUGGUCUGCUUCAAGAUGGAGUUUGUGGUGGUGUAUCGUGAGUAUUUUCUACACAAAUAAUUUAUAUAACUAUAAUGAAUAUCAUGUUUGCUUUGUGAAAAUAAUUAUUGUAUUUUGCACAAAUGAAUAUUUGACAGGCAU